AUGGCAUCCGAGGGCGAUAAAGGCGAACAGAACGGCACAAACUCCCCCAAUGGAGCGGAUGUUGAGCCGGCGCUGACUCCCAUCAGCCUUACAAAUACAGACGGCACAGCGAACACUGGAUUCUCGCCGCUAGUAACGGUUGUUGGCUUCCACCACGCUCGGGGGCCAGAGGUAGAGACGUGGUUCGGUGCCGACGAAGGAAUUGACCCAGCCAUCAAGUAUAACUGGCCGCUGUUGCCGUUCAUGGCAUUGAGCGACGGAGCCCAUGCCUCAGAAGAAGACUUUUCUUACUUUACGCUGCUGAAACCCAAGACCGAUACCGAACCCGCGACCUCAUUAUUCGGAAUAUCGUGUACACGGCAACUUGAUUCAACCCAGCUGAUUAAUCGACCCGCUGAUGUGACGAGGUCAACUGUGCAAAAGGCGGUGGUUGUUAUCGCGGAUAGUCCACAAUUCUUUGGCAUGCUGCGUGAACGGCUCAGUAUCGUAACUCAAGCGUGGUUUGCCCAGCGUGAAUUCACAGAUACCGAGAUCCUGCGAAGAUUUCAAGAGAGCCUCGCAGACGAAAAGGCUAGGGGCCUCAUGAAGGACGAAUCUGAGCGCGACCAACACUUGGGAAUGAGCUUGCGGGAGUUUAUACACGAGUUUAAGUGGCAAGCCCUGGUGCUCUUGAAGUGUUGUUUGCUGCAACCAAAGAUGCUCUUUUUUGGCUCAAGAUGUGAUCGGCUGUGCAUGGUGCAGUUUUCUCUGAUUUCUCUGAUACCUGGCUUAAUCCGCAACCUGCAAGACUGUGCCGACCCCGAAUUAGACAGCUAUGAGAAGAAGCUCGCCAAGCCUUCAACCUUGCAAAGUAGCAAUCGGACCUCCCUAUUAACGUUUAUGGGUCUCCCGCUGCAAAUAUUUGGCAAGGGCGGCUUUUUCGGACCUUACACACCACUGCAGCAGCUGGACAUCCUCGCCGACUUUGGCACCAAAUCGUACAUUGUCGGCAGCACAAACUCACUACUACUCCAGCAGAAAGACCGAUACAGUGACAUCCUGAUCAAUCUCGACGAAGACACAGUCAACAUCACAUCGCCAUCUCUCAAGGCAGCACUAACGCUCACCGCCGCAGACCGCCGCUGGAUAGACUUCUUGACCCACGAGGUUAAUGAAACGUGGGACGAAGCCAACCCCAGUAGACCCAAGAACAUGCAGUACAUUGGCAGCGAGGAGUUCAUCCGAUCACAAUUCGAGGCAUACAUGCUAGGCCUCAUAUCAUCCGUCAAAUUCCACAACUUCCUCGACAACCAAGGCGAAGACACGUCCACGCUCGGCGCGGACAGUGAUCCCGCCAUCGACUUCGGCAUCGAAUGGGUAGAAGCGUGGAAAAAGACUGAAAACUACCGCAUGUGGAAUGAACACACCGACACAAACCUCUUUGCCGUCUCGGAACCUAAACACCCCUGCGCCGGUGGCCUCACCAUCGACGACAUCCAACGCCGCGUGGCAGACCAAAUCAAGGACCUGCACCUCGACGAGCGUCUCGCCCAGGGCCGCGACAUCCUCGGCCGCAACUUUGCCGCCGGCCGCGAAAAGGCAUCCACAAUGCUCAACAAACUCUACUCCGACGUAGAAUACCUCCGCGAGUCUCAGCGCCGCCGCGUCGAAGACUCGCGCACCUCACCAAACAACAACCCCAGGUCGCCUACAGAAAAGCCCCAAUACCCAGUCGAUCUCGCCAAGGCCCAGCAGACGAUGAACACCGUCGGCGCCAAAGCAUCCGCCUACAUGUCCAGCUGGGCAACAUGGGCGGGCGAGAAGCGCAAAACCACCACCUGGGCAUCCGGCUGGGGAAACAAAAAGUCCCCCUCCCCCAGCACAACCAUGUCUUCUCCUCCGCCAACAAGUCCCAUCGACAAGGACUACCAGAUGGUCAGCCCCCCGGCCUCCAGGUCCACCAGUACAGACACCUCCAAAAGACCAGGCACGCACGCUAGUUUCAGCGAAAGUAUCCUCUCCAAGACGUCCGAUCGACCGGCCACCGCAUCAGACGAUUCUUUCCAGGAUGUUUCUGAGCAAGCACCCGAAAAGGUGGCUCCUAAGAAAGAGGAUGUAACACCGAUGAAGAACGACGGGUUCCAGAAGGAAGAUGUUGUAGGUGCAAAAAUAAGUGAAAAGACUGAUGUAGACAUCCCGGCAGGCAAGGAAGUCAAAGCCACAGAGUAA